CAAGAAGCCGCCAAGAAGCUCACCCCACCCCCAAGCGAUGGUAUGCGCUAAAAAACGGUACUUUACUGUCAUGGAAGCUACACACAUUCUCCUCCAUCUUAUACUUUCCCUAGUAGCUUUGCUCUCUCACGGUCCUGUUACACCAACACAAGCAUUUGGGGUCAUGGGAACUUUAGCUCCAAUGUGGGGGCAAUUCGAUCCAACACAGGACUCCUCGACUAAGGGUACGUAUCACAUGUGUGUUAUCGAGGCUGGAAGCCUCCUCCCACACUGCCUUGGCAACAUGAGCCGCAAUUCUUCCGUGACAUUGGUCGAUCCGCCGAAAGAUACCCCGUUUCUGGCACUAUCGGCUGGAGCACAAUUCACUUGCGGCUUGAUAUAUGGAUCCCAGGUACCACUAUGCUGGGGGGACUUGGACAACAACAAGCUCGCGGUCCCAGAGAAGCUCCAGAAGGUGAGCUACUCGACCAUCGCGUCUGGGGCUUACCACGUCUGCGCGCUACGCUCCGGGGCAGCUGCGGCCGUUGACUGCUGGGGCAGAAAGUCAAACGGUGAGAGCCAGCCCCCGGUGAAUGGCGGUCCUUAUGUGUCGCUGACCUCCGGCUGGGACUUCUCGUGUGCGUUGACCGCGCUGGGCCGGGCGGUCUGCUGGGGAGCGCUCACAAACCGGACCUUCACCCACAACCACGCCGAGCCAAACACCUCAUUCGACGCAAUCUUUGCCGGGCGGUCGUAUGUUUGCGGGGUGGAGAGACAGACAGGGAAUGCUACGUGCUGGGGGGACAACAGCUACAGCCAGUCGAAUGUCCCGCCUUACACUAGAUUCAAGACCAUUGCGCCGUCCAUGUUCCACACCUGCGGGCUCAUCCGGGACACGGGCGUGGCGGAUUGCUGGGGCGACGACUUUUACAGCCAGGUCAACGCCACCUCGCUAGGGGUGACCUUCUCCACGCUUGCCGCAGGGGACUUUUACACCUGCGGGGUCAACGCCGAGGAUCUGGCCGUCAGGUGCUGGGGGAAUGGAGUCCAGGGAACCAAGGAUUUUGCCAGAGUCAAAGUGGCUCCUACUGUUUGCAGAACGGCCAGAUGCAGCAAGCACCAGUAUCAACUCCCCUCGAGCUUCUGCCCUGGGAUGGGGAACUACAAGGCCUGCGUUGACUGCACUCCAGGAUUGUGCGGCAAGCGAAAGAAUGUUAUCACUCUCGCGGUGCUUUGCGUGGUGCUGGUCUUGACGGUGGUGCUGGUGGCUGCUGGGUUUACCAUCCUUGAGUUUCGAAGGAAAAAGUUGGCGAAGGCAGUGCUGGCUGAUCAAGAGCUCGACUUGGAGCUCUUGGAGUACGAGAAACAGGCAAAGAGAGUGAAGGAGUAUACGCAGCAAGAGCUCAGCCUGGCAACCGGUAACUUUAGCAGCGACAUGGUGAUUGGGAAGGGAGCCUUUGGAAUGGUGUACAAGGCGAGGCUUCCCAGUGGAGAGAUUCUGGCCAUAAAGAAGGGCAAGCUUGGAAAGGCUGCCUCUUUCGGUGGAGAGCUCAAGCUCCUCAGCCGGCUUCACCACACAAACCUGGUCAAUCUCAUCGGCUACUGCAAACAGGAGAAGCUGCUCGUGUUUGAGUUCAUGGGAAACGGGUCGCUGUACGACUGCCUCUUCGUGAAGAACAUCAAGCUCGACUGGUCGACGAGGCUGAAGAUCGUGAUCCAAGCAGCUCACGGCCUCGAGUACCUCCACCUCUUUGCGGAUCCCAGCAUCAUCCACAGAGAUGUGAAGUCGUCCAACAUCCUCCUGGACGAGGGAUUCAAUGCUCACGUCGCGGAUUUUGGAGCCUCCACCUUGGGGCCAACGGAGAACUCCACUCACGUUACGAGCACCAGCCUUGUUGGAACUCCGGGAUAUGUUGAUCCCGAGUACUUCCAGACAAUGCAGAUCAGCCCCAAGAGCGAUGUCUACAGCUUUGGAGUUGUCAUCCUGGAGCUCUUCACAGGGAGAAAGGCUGUGGACUUGGGACAAAGUAUCGUCGGAGUUGUGGCAUGGGUGGAAAAGGUGGCGAGCGAGUUCUCAUCGCUGGUGCCGGCAUUGGACAUGGAGCCCCCAGUGGACGAGGAGAAGUCUCGCAUUUUGGCCGAAGUUUUGGAGCUGGGAGUGUGCUGUGUGAGGCCAAAGGCAAUCGAUCGCCCUACAAUGACGGUAGUCGCGAGUAGUCUUGAGAAGGUUUUGAAACACUUUGGAAAUCCUAGCAGCGCGAGGGAGUGGAUUUCUUCACCAUGGACAGAGACCACCUCUGGGCCUUCUACGGCUGAUGGACAUUCAACGCUAGAGGCAAGCUUUUCAAGCUCAUUCCUUGCAGAAAUUCGUCUCGUGAGCCCCAAGUAAGUCAAAGCUAACUUUGAAGGACAUGUAACAUAUAAAAUUCAAA